AGUUGACGUCUCAAACCAUUUGUCGACAAAACUUUCACCACUUCUCACAUCAAUAAUUAUGGCAGACACAGAUGAGAUAUUGAAGCGGAUCCAGGCGUCACAUAAAGGUGUGAUUGGGACGAUUGUGGUCGACUCGGAGGGUGUCGUCAUAAAGGCAACAAUACCUGAUAGUCCAGACAUCCAACAAUUAUAUGGAGUGACAAUCAGUCAAAUGGUCGAUAGGGCUAAACAGGCCCUCAAAGACAACGAUGAGCUGACAUUCCUCAAGAUUAAGACCAAAAAACAUGAAUUCAUUGUCGUUCCCGAUAAGGACUAUGUGUUGAUAACAGUAAUCAAUCCAAACGAGUCCAACGCCUAAAAUCUUGGUUUUUAUUAGUUUUCUGUAUUUAUAAAUUUAGUUUUUUGUGUGAAUAUUUUGGCGAAAAUUAUUUUUAAAUAAUCAUUUAUUAAAUAAUUCAAUUAUUAC